AUGAGACAACUUAGAGAAGCACAGGAUUCAAGAAAUGUCACUACAUCGGCAUCUACCAAUAGAUCGAGUUAUCAAUAUUCCAUAACUGCAGCAACAACAACAUCAUCAUCAGAAUCUGUUCAUGAUGCAACAUUACAGUCAACAACAGCUGCUAUUGAGCUGGAAAAUUCAUUAAACUACCCAAUAUCAUCCAAUCCUUGUGUGAUCUGUCUUACGAAAGAAAAACGAUUGGCUUGUAUGCCUUGUGGUCAUUUAGUCGCAUGCGUACCAUGUGGACAUUCAUUGAGAUCAUGUCCUAUUUGUCGAUGUGAAAUUGACGCCUUCGUUCGAAUAUAUAUCUAUGCUUGA